CAGCCGCAGCAGGUACGGUGGCUCGCAGGGGUCAGUCCGCGCAGCCGCUGACGAUGGGAGACGAUCUCUGCGAAGAGCUCGAGGAUUUAGUUCAUUUUUCGGUGCACGACCUGCCGGCGCGAGGCUAUGUCGUCAUGGAGGAGAUCCGGCGUCAGGGCAAGCUCUGUGACGUCACACUCAAGGUGGGCGAUCACAAGUUCAGCGCCCAUCGCAUCGUCCUGGCGGCCUCCAUCCCUUACUUCCACGCCAUGUUCACCAACGACAUGGUGGAGUGCAAGCAGGACGAGAUCCUCAUGCAGGGCAUGGACCCCAGCGCUCUGGAGGCUCUCAUCAACUUUGCAUACAGCGGCCAUGUGGCCAUCGACCAACAGAACGUUCAGGCUCUCCUGAUCGGCUCCAGCUUUCUCCAGCUGCAGAACGUCAAAGACGCCUGCUGCUCCUUCCUGCAGGAGAGGUUACACCCCAAGAACUGUCUGGGCGUUCGACAGUUCGCGGAAACCAUGAUGUGCACAACGCUGUACGACUCAGCCAACAGCUACCUUCACCAGCACUUUGUGGACGUCUCCCUGUCGGAGGAGUUCCUGGGUUUGAGGACUGAGGAGGUGCUGGAGCUGGUGGGCUGUGACGAGCUCAACGUGAAAGCAGAGGAGCAGGUGUUUGAGGCGGUGCUAACGUGGGUUUAUCACGACCGGGAACGGCGGGAGUCCCUGCUCCCGGAGCUGCUGUCAAAGAUCCGACUUCCUCUGUGCCGCCCUCAGUUCCUGUCGGACCGGGUCCAGCAGGACGAGCUGAUUCGCUGCUGCCACAAGUGCAGAGAUUUGGUCGAUGAAGCUAAAGAUUUCCACCUCAUGCCGCAGCGGCGUCCACAUCUCCCCCCCUUUAAAACCAGACAGAGGAGCUGCUCCUCCAUCACAGGACUCAUCUACGCAGUUGGCGGUCUGAACAGCUCAGGGGACUCCUUAAACCUGGUUGAGGUUUUUGACCCAUUGGGGAACUUUUGGGAGCGCUGCCAGCCAAUGAGGACAGCUCGCAGCAGAGUGGGAGUGGCUGUCGUUAACGGUCUGCUGUAUGCCAUUGGUGGCUAUGAUGGACAAUCGCGGCUCAGCACAGUAGAGGUGUACAACCCAGAGGCAGACAGCUGGAUGCAGGUCUCAAGCAUGAACAGCCAGCGCAGCGCCAUGGGAACUGUUGUGGUUGACGGACACAUCUACGUGUGCGGCGGGUAUGAUGGGAAGUCCUCCCUGAAUUCUGUGGAGUGUUACUCUCCAGAGACUGACAGGUGGGUGGUGGUGACAGAGAUGAGUGCCAGCCGCAGUGCGGCCGGUGUGACGGUGUUUGAGGGGAGGAUCUUUGUGUCGGGGGGCCAUGAUGGCCUGCAGAUCUUCAACACGGUGGAGUACUACAACCAUCACACCAACUGCUGGCACUUAGCCCCCCCCAUGCUGAACAAGCGUUGUCGUCAUGGGGCAGCAGUCCUGGGCAGCCACAUGUAUGUGGCUGGGGGGUACGACGGCUCGGGCUUCCUGAGCGGGGCGGAGGUGUACAGCUCAGCAUCGGGACAGUGGAGCCUCCUGGUACCCAUGAACACGCGGCGCAGCCGGGUGUCACUGGUUGCCACCGGCGGCCGCCUGUUUGCGGUCGGCGGGUAUGACGGGCAGUCGAACCUCAGCUCUGUGGAAAUGUACAAUCCCGACACCAAUCGUUGGACUUUUAUGGCCGCCAUGGCGAGCCACGAGGGAGGGGUUGGUGUCGGCUGCAUCCCCCUGCCGCCGGCUUAAACAAACCACUCAGGAUCGAGGGGGUCAAGACCCCUCUGGAGAUGUUUUCUGAGCUGUAUGGGUACGACGGCAGGCUCAAAGUGGCGUCCAUGCCUGGCCUGUGGUAUUCUGGGAAAAACUAGUGCGUGUGUGGAUGAUUCAUGUAGAUUCCGAUGUUGAACGUGACCAGUCAGAAGGGACUUCCUCCAAAGCUGCAGACAGGAGGAACAUUCUGACACGCCUCCUCUUCUGUGGCCUGACUGCAGGUGUGGAGAGGUGGGGCUGAAGAGGGCGCCUGCAGGAGGCGCUGCUGCUCCUCCUCAGCGUUUGCACGUCUUCAGCAGCCGUUCAGGACUCUCUGUGCAUCAGCAGAAGAUCGAACUUUACCUGUUUUUGAUUAUUUAUCAGCUGUCUGUGUCUUCCUCACGGAUCAAUAAAGACAAAACGUCUCGGUUUAGAACCGCCUGAUGUUCUGUGUUCACAUCAGCCCCCAAAGUUCUGGCCUGUCUUUGCCCUGUUCUUACCUGGUUCUGAUCCGUUUUGGCUUCAUAAUGCCUUUGCUUUGAACAGGUUCUGUCCUCUUCGUGUUCUGGGCCGCCUCUGACCCAACAGUGACCACGUUCAGGCUGGUUCUGACUCAGUCCCAGGCUCUCUGCAUGUAGGUUCAUAUAUCAGCCUGCACCCUUUCUAUGGUGGCUUUUAGAAGUGGGCGGUAAUCUCAGAGACUAACUGGACUGGAGUCGUGUGACUCAGAAGCAGGAAGUUGUCUGAGGUAAUGCUGUUGAGCCCAUAGGUGUGUUUUCUGGAGAAACGUCUGUCAGCCUGAGCUGAGCCCCCCCUCUAAACCAGGGGGGACAAACACCAGGCCUCCUGCUGCUUUUCCAGAAACCCUGCCUUAUCCACCACUGAUCACCAUGAUCAGGUGUGUUUAGCCAACAAGGAGCUUCAAUGGCCGGUUGUUUGAAAAACUUGUAGGAUCCCGUCCCUCGAGGCCUGGAUUCUGACCCCCCCCUGCUCUCUGACCAUAUGUCCAUAGUCCAGUGUGAACAGCAUGUGCAUAACAUGUGCGUUUAGCCCAUACGCAGAUUUACACAGACUUUUCAUUGGAAGUGGCCACUCAAAUGUGCGUCACCAAGGGCGGCGUGAAUGAUGCUUCACAGUUUCACUCGAGGAAGUGGGCGGGGCUAAACCAGAACUGCUGCUGCAGUCUGCAGAGGACCUGCACAGGAGUGUUUCACUAAACUAAGAUUGAAUCUGGAUUAUCCAGAUAUUCCAGAUGCAUUUAUCCAUAAAGCAUGACUGUUUAAACGCAGUCAAGAGAUUUAUUUUGAGCGGCGAUGAGCUAAUUUUAGAUACAUUUAAAGUUAGCAUGGAUUUUAUUGUGUGAGGUCCUGCUGAUCCAGAACAGGCCAACAUCAGAAGUCAGUGGUUGAUUCAUCCUUUUGUGUUCAAUCACAAAAUUUUUUUUGUCUGCAACAUCUUGUUUAAUGAUCAUAAAUGAUCACAGACAGUCUUUUUUCAUGUAUAUUCAAAUCAGCAUUUCAAGUUUGAUCAAAAAAGUCAAACCUCUGAUAGAUGUUUUAGAGCUGUUUCCUCCUAGCUGCAGUUUCCCUGUUUGCAGACGAUGCUGUGUUCUUUCUCUUUAGACAACACAGUCAUGACUUCGCUUUGCCCUCUAUUGUAAAAAUGAUCUAAAUCUCUUAAUAAAAGUAUUUGCUAAAUGCUAA